CGCGCGGGGCCCGGGCCAUGUGUCGCGCGCGGCUCCGCCUCCCGCCGGUCCUCUGAGGCAGCGGCCGGUGGGAAACGCUGAGAGCUAGACAGACGCCUAUGCCGGCCGUGCUGUGCUAUGACUGGUCUCAGCGAGGCUGGGUGACGCUCCAGGAUGGGAGACAAGCCAAUUUGGGAGCAGAUUGGAUCCAGCUUCAUUCAACAUUACUACCAGUUAUUUGAUAAUGACAGAACCCAACUAGGAGCAAUUUAUAUUGAUGCAUCAUGCCUUACGUGGGAAGGACAGCAGUUCCAGGGAAAAGCUGCCAUUGUGGAGAAGUUGUCUAGCCUUCCGUUCCAGAAAAUCCAGCACAGUAUCACUGCACAGGACCAUCAGCCCACACCAGAUAGCUGUAUCAUCAGUAUGGUUGUGGGCCAGCUCAAGGCUGAUGAAGACCCCAUCAUGGGGUUCCACCAGAUGUUUCUAUUAAAGAACAUCAAUGAUGCUUGGGUUUGCACCAAUGACAUGUUCAGGCUUGCCCUGCACAACUUUGGCUGACCUCCUCCUGACCACUUACUUAUUCACGCUGUUUCCUCCUCCCUCCUUUUUCCGAUACUAUCACACUCCUCCAGAUGCUCCAAAUAUCAUACACAAAUAAGCAAGGCUGAGGUGGGAGUAGGUGCAGUGCUCUGCCCCCACCAAGGUGUUGUGCAUGAUGUUUGGAUGUUAGAUUAGUUGCAUCUGACAGGAGAAGUUUGUGUUGUACCAGCGCAUGCCUUGGAAAGACUUAAGUAAUGCAACAGGUUGUCUUUUUUUUUUUUAAUCUACUGACAAGAUGCUCUAGUAACCCAAAGAAGUGAAGGAGAAAGCAGCUGCCUCACCGCCCAGAUAUUGAUUUGUUCAGAUGUUUCAAAUGCCUCAUGAUACAAUAAAACCACAAAAAUUUU